GUGGGGACCGGUGCGGGGGAGCCUGGUGCCGCCGGCUCCGCACGCGGGCGGGGUGAGUGUUGGGAGACGGGGGCUUCCGGCCCCCUUCGCGCCAUGGGGCGACCCCCUCCGAGCCGGCUGCUCGCUGGAGGGGGAGGGGCUGGGGGAGAGGCUCUGCCCCCCCGCUCCCCAUUGCCCCUGGGUCGGGUCUGUGCCCCUCCCCCCACGGGGAGCGCCGGGUGGGCCCCGCGUGCGGUGUCGUGCCCGGCGCUGCCGGCAGCAGCCGUUAACCUCCCUGGCGCGGGCACAGCCGCCGUGCUGGGCACCCCCCGUGAAGUGGGGGCUGAUCUGUCGCCGGCGCUCCUUCGUAGUGGCGACUAAUGUCCCUGGUGUAGACGCAGCCUCUGGCCUGGCCUCCCGCUCAGGAAAGUGGGGCUGAUCCGCUGCCCCCUGGCAGCGGUGGCUAAUGGUCCCUAGUGUAGACACAGCUGUGCAGUGCAGAGGGGCCCAGCUGGUCUGCACAUCCCAGGGGUGUCCUGCAGAUUGGCCAGCUCUGGGAAACAGGAAGCACUGUCUUACAGUUAUUGUGCUCAAGAGUCCCAGUCAUGGACCAAGGCUCCAUUAUGUCAGGUGCUGUAUAAACGGAACAAAAAGACCGUCUCUGUCCCAAAGAAUUUACAGUCUAAGGCCUGGUCUACACCUAAAACUUAGAUCGACCUAGCUGCAUUGCUCAAGGGCGUGCAAAACUCCCCUAGGAGAUGUAGGUAAACUGACUACGUCCCAUGGUAGAUGCUGCUAGGUUGACAGGAGAGUUAUUCUGUCAACCUAGUUACUGCCUCUCAGAGAGAUGGGUUUACCACAGUGAGGCAAAACCCUUAUGUGACUGUAGCAAGUGUCUGAGACAAGAGAUAAUACAUAGAUACAGACAGAGCAGGGAGUACCAGAAACAGGGAGCUACGGCAACACUGAAAAGUUAAGUCAACUGAGCAGCGUCGCUCAGAGGUGAAAAAUCCACACCACUGAGCAAUGUAGGCAAGCAGACCUAACCACCAGUGUAGGCAGUGCUAGGUCAACCUAGUUACUGCCUUUCAGGAAGGGGAUUAACUAUGGUCAUGGGAAAACCCAUCCCGUCACUCUACUGAAUGGCUGCACUGAAGCUUGUCGUUCUGCUGCUGUAGUGUUUCAAGUGUAGACCAACCCUGAGACAAAAUUGGUCAGUGUGAUAUGCAGUGGCCUCAGCAUGCCAGCAGCCUAUCUUGUCAAGUGUUUGAUGAUGCAGGGGGAACAGAGUCCAGCUACUUCCCUCAUUGACAGAACCAUCAAGAUGAGGAAGGAGACUGAAGCCAGAAAAGUGGUUUUGGCUUGGGGACUCCUUAAUGUGUCAGUUGCAGGCAUGAUUUAUACUGAAAUGACUGGAAAACUGAUAAGUUCAUAUUAUAACAUUACAUACUGGCCACUGUGGUAUAUUGAACUUGCACUUGCAUCUUUGUUCAGUCUGAAUGCCUUAUUCGAUUUCUGGAGGUAUUUCAAAUACACUGUGGCACCAACUAGCUUAGUUAUGAGUCCUGGACAGCAGACCCUUCUUGGGCUUCAGAAUGCAUCUGUACAAACAACUCCGCCCCGUGAGCUAGUGACCAAGAAAGUCCCUUCUUCAACACCUUCUCCUCCCAUCCAGGGUCAGAGCGUGCUGAGUUACAGCCCAUCCCGCUCACCUAAUACCAGCCCAAAGUUUGCCACUGGUUGCAUGACUGGGUACAGCCCUCAGCUACAGGCUUUGUCAGGCGGCAGCAGUUCUUAUAGCACUGCUGUGACCUACUCACCAAACGGCAACUACAGUAAGGUAUCCAGCUUCAGUCCCUCCCCUGGUGGCUCACCAUACCCCACCAGCAUUGGACCAGUGGAAAGCAGCGGGCUGAGGUCUCGGUACCGUUCUUCGCCAACUGUGUAUAACUCGCCUAUUGGCAAAGAAGAUUACAUGACAGACCUAAAGUCCCUGGACAGCUUCCUUCAAAGUGAAGAAGAGAAGCAACAUCGAGUUCAGCUGGGGAGUUCAGAUUCCAGCUCUCCUUCCAGCAGUCCGACUCUUUGGAACUACAGCCGUUCCAUGGGAGACUAUGCACAAAUGCUGAGGAAGUUCCAGUACCAGCUGGCCUGCAGGUCCCAAGCCCCAUCAGCACACAAAGAUGAAGCUGAUCUGAGCUCUAAGCAGGCUGCAGAAGAGGUUUGGUUGAGGGUGAUAAUGAAUCGACAAUUACUCAAUCAUGUGGACUCAUGGACAGCUAAGUUCAGAAAUUGGAUUAACGAGACUAUUUUAGUGCCACUUGUGCAAGAGAUUGAUUCUGUGAGCACUCAGCUGAGAAGAAUGGGGUGUCCAGAGUUGCAGAUUGGAGAAGCCAGUAUUAGCAGUCUGAAACAAGCUGCUCUUGUUAAAGCUCCACUCAUCCCGACACUGAACACUAUAGUGCAGUACCUGGACCUUACACCAAACCAGGAAUAUUUGGUUGAAAGAAUCAAAGAGCUUUCUCAGGGAGGAUGCAUGAGUUCAUUCCGAUGGAACAGAGGAGGGGACUUCAAGGGCCGUAAAUGGGAUACUGAUUUGCCCACUGAUUCUGCUAUCAUUAUGCACGUGUUCUGCACUUAUCUUGACUCCAGGCUGCCUCCUCACCCAAAAUAUCCUGAUGGCAAAACAUUUACCUCACAACACUUCAUUCAAACACCAGAUAAGCCAGAUGUUUCAAAUGAGAAUGUUAUUUGCAUCCACCAGAGCACCAUCAACCCUCCCCACUAUGAGCUUAUCUACCAGUGCCAAGUUUACAACUUACCCAAGGGCAGAAACAACAUGUUCCAUACCUUGCUUAUGUUCCUGUGCAUCAUAAAGACAAAAGAAUCUGGGAUGCUCGGGCGAGUAAAUCUUGGCUUAUCAGGGGUGAAUGUUCUGUGGAUCUUGGGAGACUAGUACAUCAUUGUUCACUGUGGAUGGCCUCCCCCUUCACAAAGUGAGAAACAAUCUCUGAGAUAACUGAACAGAUUAUUACACUUGUGCCUUGAACAUAAACCUACAACGAUGUACUAGUGUGAUAUCCUUGUGAACAUAGGAUAUGUUUGCAUGAGAACAUACUUCCAGCACUGAAAUACUCCUACCAGCUCUUUUGCGCAAAGACGUCUCUUUACAACUUCCCACCUUUACAAGCCCUACUUUAAAAGCCUUCACCAUUCUUCUGGCUGAGUUGCCCUCCAGAGGCCACCACUGCUGAUAGUGGAAUUAGAAGCAACUCAACGGUACCCCUGCCAGCUUGGGGAAUGAAUUGUGAGCCCUCAUCUGCGUGGCAGGGUAGAAUACUACAGUGCAACUUGGACUGCCCUACUAAGGUUGUACACUGCUGCUUGGUACUUGUUACUUCAGUACUGCCACUUGACAAAUCAGUCACUGCAAGUGUGGCCAAGUGCAAGAUCCACAUGCACCGGGAAAUGCCACAUAAUCAGGAUUCUCUUCGGCUCAUGCAGAAAGGCUUGUGGCUAUCCAUCAUUGGAGUACCAGUGUAGUGGGAUUUUGUGGCACCACCACACUUUUAAAGUGACUGCACUGUAGGUGUAAGUGAAAGAAAACUUCAGACCCUACACACCAGUUAGACUAUAUUCUUAUGGAUCUUUUUUUUUAAAACAAAAUAACCCAAUAUCUCUUAAACUUGAGUGUGUUUGGGGCAACAAAAUGUUGCUGAUGUCUUGACUUUAGUUGAAGUCUUGCCCUAACUUCGUUUAUUUUUUAAAAAGUUCUCGCAUUAGUAUUUCUGGUAUUAAUCCCCUAUUUUUAGAGGUGUUUGAGCUGUAAAAAUUUACUCUAAAAUGGAAUGUAGCUUCAGUGUGUCUGCAUAAGAACAAAAUUUUUACACUUAAAUCAGGAUGUCAUAGGAGUCCAAAGGGGCAUCCUCUCCUCCACGCCCCCAUAGCCCCACGUUGCUGGGAAUUUCAUCAUAACCAAGGACAAACAGAUGCAACUUGACCAGCGUUAGUCACUGGAGGGACUUGAGGCUCUGCUGGUGUUUCCUGCCUGGGGCAGAUAGCAAUGACCCAGAAGCAAGAAUCAAAUUUAUGACUUGAACUCCUGUCCUGUAUGGGUGGCAUGUCACUUUAGAUCCUCAGGCCAACCAACACCUUACUUUGAGAAAAAAGACCUGUUCUGCUCUUUAUGACAAGUAUUUACAAUGGUGGGGUGUCCCUGGAGAACCCAGCAUGGUUUUUUUUACAGUUAUAUAAGCAAUUGCUCUGCAAUGUAGACUAGUUGCUCUCUGGAAUAAUUUGAGUUAAACUUGUUUUAAACAAAAUGGAUUCCUACAUGUAUGCCAAGGUUUUUUCCUAUAGGGAUAAAGGAUACAUUGCAAAUCCUGGUAACCAGGGAAUUUUAAAAAUGUGUGCUAUAGGGUUCUUUUUAAAAAUAUAUAUAUUGUGGGGACCAUUUCAGAAGCCCUCUGGUAAGGGUAAUGUUAAGGGUCCUCCUGUUUCUUUCAGUCUCUUGUCAUCAGGUAUGACGUUAAGGCAGGGUGGCCUACUUAAUUUUACCCUUUCAACCCACAAUAACCGGAAAAUUGAGACCACAAUGUCACUGUGUUAAACUGCCAACGAUGAUGCUCUGUAGAACCCUGCUUGAAGUAUUCCUCCAGGAUUCAGUAAAAGAGCUGGCUGGUUAGACUUGUGAAGAAUACACAAGGUUUGUAUUGGUUUUACAAUGACUACACUCUUUUGUACUGUGUUCAGUUUUUACUGAACUGUGGAUUGCCUGCCUAGAUGAGCAGGUGGGGAGGGGUUUGGAAAUGUCAUUUUUAGUAUGCUCAGCACAAUUACCAUUCAUGAUCUCAGUUGGACUGUUCGGUAUUUUUAAUGCAUGAGCCUAACUUAUUGCCAUUGUCUGUCAGAACUGCAUCUUACUCUACCACUUCCCCCAGGAGGUAUGAAUUUUUUCCUGGAGAUCAGACUGUUAACAAUGGUUAAUCUGGUGCCUGUAUUAAAUGGGUUCAUUUGGUUAAA